AGUUUGUUGUUAAUCGAAGAUUAGCUGCGUAUCGCCUUUCGGAAUCGGUCCGAGUACCUAAGCACAAGUACGUACCUACGUAUUUUUAUCGUUUGCCGUUACAUUAUGUAAAUGCGAACUCAGUCCAUUCGCCUCUAUACAAGCCAAGCCUCCUCACAAUGAGAUGCGCGCGAUAAAUAUAGAUAAUAAUAUUAUUAUUGCGUUGGAAUUAUAUCAAGAAUAAAUACUAACUAUUCUUAGAUACCUAGUGUGUCUAACGAAUGUCUUAGUAGGUAUAAUUAUUAGUGCAGUGCCGUUCUACCACACAGCCGGGUUAUUUCUACGUCAGUGCGACUCGUAGAGUGAGGCCAAGUAGCCACUUGCGAGAAACAUGGCGGCGAAGGGUUCUUAUUCCGUGGAACCAAUCACACGUGAUGAUGUUCAACAAGUUAUGGAGCUACUCAAGAUAACAUUCUACAAAGACGAGCCCAUGAACCGCGCCAUCGGUCUCUGCGACGGUGGCGCCCCCUGUCUCGAGCUCGACGACUACUGCCAACACUCCAUGCUGGAGGGUUUGACGUAUAAGGCCGUGGAUGCGGAGGGAAACAUCGCAGGGGUUAUCAUUAGUGGGGAUUGUCCUUUGACUGAAAGCAUAAUAGAAGAUAUGCGUAUGCAGACGAAAAACUGUAAAAACCUGAAAUUCCAGAAAAUUUUACACGUAUUAACGCGUAGAGAAGAAUAUUCUAGACUCUGGGAGAGAUAUCCACAUGACCAGCAUAUUGUGGAGGUGAAAGUUGUGGCCACACACCCGGAUUGGAGGAAAAGAGGGGUCAUGAAUGCUUUACUGGCGAGAACUGAAUCAGCAGUAAAACAGAAGGGUAUACGCCUCCUUCGCAUGGACACAUCCAGUGCCUACUCCGCCAUGUCUGCAGAAAGACUCGGCUUCACCUGUGUCUAUCGCCAGAAGUACAGUGAGAUCAAGAUUGAUGGAGAAACACUUGUAGAGCCUAGCGCACCGCAUUUGGAGGAUAGGGUGUAUGUUAAGGAGCUGUUUUAGUGCUUUAAUGAGUUGCUUUGGUGCUUUAAUCACUUUAACGGGCUUUAGCAAAGUGUAUGCUUCGGCAUA